CCGAAAGACACCAUCUCCGCCCUGCGCUGGUCACCGACGGCGGACCAUUUAGCGGCCUCGUCGUGGGACGGCCAAGCUUACAUUUACGACGUGACUAACUCAGCCUGCACCGCCUCCAUCAAGGCAUUGACGAGCAUCCCCGUCGGAACCCCCGUCCUCGACUGCGAUUUCAGUACGGAUGGGUGUCUCGUCGCAGCCGCUGGAUCCGACAAUGCCAUCCACGUCAUGGAUCUCCAAUCCGGAGAAACAAGGAAGCUAGAAGCCCAUACUUUGCCUGUCCGCGCUGUGCGAUUCUUUCCGAGGCCCUGGGUUAACAACCACCUCCUAGCAUCCGCCUCUUGGGAUAAGACGGUCCUCUACUGGGAUUUGCGCCAGCCAAAGCCCAUUGGCGUGUUCCAGCUCCCCGAUCGUGUCUUCGCUAUGGAUGUUGCUGAGUCGUUACUUGCCGCUGCUACUGCGGACCGCCAUAUCCACUUUGUUGAUCUCGGCAACCCGACCCAGCCACGGCUGUCUCACGAGUCACCCCUCAAGUAUCAUACGGCUUCUAUCUCGGUUUCAAGAGAUGGGUGCCACGCGGCGGUGGGCGGCGUUGACGGCCGCGCCGCUGCAUACCACGGCCUCGGUAACGCAAAUGUCAACGAGGUAACCGAUUUCACAUACAAGUGCCACCGUUCACCAGACACUAACAAGGGGGGCCAAACCAACGUGUACGCCGUCAAUGCUGUGUCCUAUUACCCAGUGAAUCAUGACAUAUUGGCCACCGCUGGAUCCGACGGCACCUUUGCGAUCUGGGACGUAAAGAAUCAUUCAGCUGUAGAAAAGCUUCGCCAGGCCUCUGGCCCGAUCACCGCACUGAGCUUUGCUCGUGACGGCAAGGCUCUCGCUUACGCUGUAGGCCACGACUGGGCUAAGGGCGUCCAACACUACCCCUCCGCGGCCAAGCCGGAGAUUGUCCUACACAAGUUCGGCGGCACGCCGGGCAAAAAGUAA